AUGUCAUUCAGCUAUGUUCAAUUACCUGAUCUUGGUGAAGAAUUUCAUAACCUCCUCAAAGUUUACUUCCAUCUCGAAGGAUCAUCAAAUUUUUCAAAUAGGAAAGGAGUGGCACAUACCUUAAGCAGCAAGUAUCACCCUGAAGUGAUUCAUUGGUGGAUCACACACACAUGUACUGGAUGUCCCCCAAUCCUUGAUAUUGACAAAUUUUCCAAUGACUUCUGGACUUGGUGGUGUGAAUUGCAACCCACCUGGAGGAAGGGAUCAAUGCCCAAGACUGCUGAGUUUGUUCCUGCACCACAUAUGCUGGCUGGUGGGUGGACUGAACUGAACAAACCUGGCUUGAAUGGUUUCCUCAGUGAUAUCACUGCACUUCACUGGUGGGGAUCCAAAAUCAAAGCUAGGGCAGCACAGUAUGGUUUAUGGAAUGCAGCUGUGGCAGAUGUUUGUUGGGUAAUGGAGCAGCUCAUCAAAUCCCAGUCCAUUGAUGAUGGCAACCCCCAGUAA